AUGACAUCAGACCCCGCCAUCACCAAUGCUGUCAGUGCUGCCGCAACCACCUCUCUACAGGCAAGCAACAACAGCAGCACCACCACCACAAGCGACAACAGGAACAACAACGUCAGAUCCAGCUCGCCCACAGGCAGCUUCUACGCCAUGAGUGACGACGAGGAGGGCGGCUACGACACCAUCACCCACGCUGCGUCGGGCCGUGGUGUCAAGCUCCUCUUCUCCAAGAGCAAGGUCUAUGUCCACCCCAGUCCGUCGGCCAAGGACAAUAUCCCAGGCUACAUCGCCCUUUUGCAGCAGAAAGGUGCCGCAACCUCGUCCUCUGAAAGAACCCCAGCAUCAAACCAUUCUUCCCCAGCUGCCGCUGAUCUGCUGCUGGCAUGGGUGCCCGAAACCUCGUUGGGCGCAUCGGAAAGCAUCUACGUCAAGGUCGACCUUACCGAUGGCGACUCUCCUCCAAGACAGAGCUAUCUCGUCCCGCCGCCUCCGACGGUCACCACGCACACGGGCUCCAUAGGACGUUAUGCCUUUGCCAUCCCUGUGAGCGCCAUCUACUCGCUCACCGUGAGGCCGCCCAGCCUCGGCUGGUGGUUUGGAUCAGUCAUCAUCAACACUCGUGCAGGCGACAGUUUCCCCGCGCUCUUCUUCCAUGACAGCGAGUGCCAAUCUACAAUCCUGCAGAAGAAGAAGCGGGCCAAGGAGAAUUUCGACCCCUUCGGGGAGCAUGGGCAAAUGUUUUGGGGUGGAGACGAGGUUCUGCGGUGGUUGAAACGCUAUGUGAAGAUCGAGAGGAGUGGUGCCGAGCCCAACAUCUACUUGAUCGAGCCGUCAAAAGAAGACAGCAAUGCUUUUGGAGGGAAGCUCACGACAAGCACGGCGUCCAAGGCUGGCCAGCGCGACGGCUCCGUCGGCACGACCGUCGGAGGAGCCGCCGGCGCGAAUCCUGCUGGUCCAAGCAGCCCCGGUCCCGACGCGGCCAUGGACCCGGUGAUGAAAUUUGUCAAGGAGACGGGCUGGAGUCUCAUGGAGAAGUUCAGCCAGGUCACCACCUUUACUCGCCGCACCGCGCAAGACAUUAUCGAUAAUCCCAAAGUGCCUCCGCAGGUUAGGCGCAUGGUCAAGAAUCCAGAAAUACAAACGAUCCAGGAUGAGUUUGACAGCGCGCGGAUAUACCUGGCCCGAUGGGCGAUGGGUAUGGCCGAGCAAAGCGAGCGUGAACGCAACCAAAGGAUAUGGACCGCGCGCGACGUUAUGGAGAUGGAGGACACCGACGUCGGCGAGUUCGAGCUGCUCGAAGCCAGCAAUCUGUCGCUCGUAGAGCGUCGGACGCCAGUGAACAUGAAGGAAUGGAACAGCUUCUUCGACCCGAGAACCGGCCGCCUGUCAGUCACUGUGGACGAAGUCAAGGAGCGUAUAUUCCAUGGCGGCAUCGAUCCCGAAGAUGGUACGAGGAAGGAGGCGUGGCUGUUCCUUCUUGGCGUGUACGAGUGGUACAGCACGGCAGAAGAACGUCGCGCGCAGAUUUCAUCUUUGCGGGAUGAGUAUGUCAAGCUCAAAGGCGCCUGGUGGGAAAGACUAGUCGACAUGGGCGGAGAAGGUGAAGAAGGUGAAUGGUGGCGAGAGCAGCGGCUGAGAAUCGAAAAGGAUGUCCACCGAACGGACCGGACAGUGCCAAUCUUCGCUGGCGAAGAUAUACCGCAUCCGGAUCCCGACUCUCCAUUUGCCGACUCUGGCACAAACGUUCACAUGGAGCAAAUGAAGGACAUGCUUCUGACAUACAACGAGUACAACAAGGACCUUGGCUACGUCCAGGGCAUGUCAGACCUGCUGGCUCCCAUAUAUGCUGUUAUGCAGGAUGACGCGGUUGCAUUCUGGGGCUUCCAGCACUUCAUGGACCGGAUGGAGCGCAAUUUCCUCCGUGACCAGUCUGGCAUGCGCAACCAACUACUGACCCUCGACCAUCUUGUUCAAUUCAUGGACCCCAAGCUUUACGAGCACCUCAAAUCAGCCGAAAGCACGAAUUUCUUCUUUUUCUUCCGGAUGCUUCUCGUGUGGUACAAGCGCGAGUUUGCCUGGAUGGAUGUGCUUCGCCUGUGGGAGGGCUUGUGGACGGACUACCUGAGCAGCAGCUUCCACCUGUUCAUCGCCCUUGCCAUCCUUGAGAAGCAUCGUGAGGUGAUUAUGGAACAUCUACUGCAUUUCGAUGAAGUACUCAAAUAUGUCAACGAGUUGUCAAACACGAUCGAUCUCGGCUCCACACUUGUCCGAGCAGAGCAACUAUUCAGGCGUUUCAAGCGCCUUGUAGAAGCGAUCGACAAGAAGGAGAAUUUCCCCAAACCGCCCCAGCAAGCAAGCAGUCCCUCUGUUACAGAAGGGCCAUCAAGCCGGUCACCAAGAUCCCCGAAUAAACCCGGCACUGACAAAGGCAAAGCUCCUGAGGGCAAGGAUGUGGAGACAAUCAAGGUCAUCACGCCUGAGCUGAGAAAGCUUCUGAGCCGGACUGUUGAAGUCUUGCCGAGGAAGGAGGUUCGCAAGAAGGGGGACGGGUUCCAUGCUUGA